AUGGCCGGACGCUGGAGGCUAUUCUGGGGGCAGUUCGCCGCCCUCGUGUGGAAGAACUGGAUCGUGCUGUCGAAGCACCCUUGGCUAAACGUGUUGCGAUGCGUGCUGCUUCCUAUCGGUUAUGGCGUCUUUCUUGCGGUCGCUCAACUGUUCUUGACCAAGCCCAACAAUUAUGGACUAGGCACUGCCGUAGCCGUUCCACGCUUGAUCGACCAGUAUGAUGGUUCCAUCGCUCUUGUCUGGGCGGACAGCACCGAUGGUACGGGGUCACCGUCUGCCCAGGACAUAAUGUCGCACAUCAUGAGUGGAUUCAGCUCAAAGCAGUUGAAAAAUGUCCGAAAGGUAACCGCCGCAAGCAACAUCCCUGCGACGUGCCCAGAGAACUUCAACGGAUUCUCGGAGUGUUACGCUGCAGUCGUAUUCAACAUCCUACCGGGCAAUACUAGCAAUGUGGGAGCUUCUACGAAUGCGAGCGCGUUGCAGGCGUUCAACUAUACCAUCCGGGCGGACAGCGGUCUGUACUACGUCAAUGUAGCCAAGCACACGAGCAGCUACGAGGAGCGCGUCCUCCCCUUGCAAUGGGCGAUCGACAGCGCCAUUGUUGAGCUGACAACAGGCAGAACACCGGAGACACCGAUGGAGUGGCCGUUCACACAGGAGUCCAACACCGAGCAAUACACGGACAUCCGGCUGAGCUACAUCCGCGGCCUGCGGACCCUGCUCGUGCUCGCCCUGUUCAUCUGCUACAUCGGCAUCGCGUACCAGCUCCCGGGCGCCUUCAUGGGCGAGCGCGCGAACCUGCUCACGAGCCACCUGCAGGCGAUGGGGCUCAUGGACUCUGCGCGCAUCCUCUCCUGGCACGUCAGCACGUCCCUCGUGUACCUCCCCGCGUGGAUCGUGGUCGCGCUGAUCUGGCACUACCGCAUCUUCACCGCGACGAACGCGGGGCUCGUGCUCGUCGUGCACCUCCUCCUCGGCUUCACCCUCGCGAGCUGGUCCUUCUUUGUGUCCGCGCCGUUUGGGAAGAGCCCCCAACUUGCGGCGAUCGCGUCGACCGUGCUGGCGAUCGUGUUUGCGAUAUUGGCUCUGGUGGACGGGCACGCGACUACGGGCGCGGCGUUCUUCUAUACGCUGUUCUUCCCGCCUGGGUUCUAUAUCUUCGCAAUUCGGUGCAUGUGCGGGUUCGAGCUUCAUCUAAUAGGGACGAAUGUGGUCAAGCCGGACCCUGACAACCAACUUGUCUUGUUACCUCUGAUCUUUGCGGCCAUCAUCGACAUAUUCCUAUGGCCAUGGCUCGCCAUCCUGCUCGAACGUCAGCUAUACGAUGCACGCAAUCCCUCUUCGUUCUCCUGGCGCUUCUGGAGGAAGAAGACAGUGGAGCCGGACGAGGGUGUCCAGCAGAUGCCUCCGGGCAUUGCCAUUUCCAUCAAGAACCUAGGCAAAGACUUCAGGACGUCGAUGUUCAAGAAAGGAGGAGGACUGGUUACGGCCGUCGCGGAUCUCAGCCUGGAGAUACCCAAGACAGGGAUCUUCGUGUUGCUCGGGUCGAACGGUGCUGGAAAGUCGACAACGAUGCGGAACGAAGCGCCCUCCACUGGGACGAUCGGUCUCGUUCCGCAGAAGAACGUGCUGUUCCCUGAGUUGACGUGCUACCAGACCUUGAAAGUGUGGAAGGCCAUCAAGCCGCCGAUGCGCGACGACGGCGUUGACGACGAGGACAUUGAGCAACUCCUACGGGAUUGCGACCUGGGCAAGAAGGUCCAUUACAAUGCGAAUGCGCUGAGCGGUGGUCAGAAGAGGAAGCUGCAGCUGGCGAUUGGGUUGGUUGGAGGGUCUAAGAUCUUGCUGGUCGAUGAGUGCACAUCCGGAGUCGACCCUCUGUCGCGUCGCGCUCUCUGGAGGACGCUCACAUCUGUCCGGCACGAGAGGACGGUCGUGUUUACCACGCAUUUCCUGGAUGAAGCGGACCUACUUGCAGAUACUAUCGCCGUCCUCGCUGCUCCUGGGAAGCUUGUUGCCCAGGGUACUCCGGUAGCCUUGAAGUCGCAUUAUGGCCAAGGCUAUACAGUGCAAGUCACCUUCAAUGCUUCUGCAGACACGCAGGAGAAGCCGUCCGCAGAUCCAUCGGAGCUACUCGAACGCAUACGGCCUCUCGUCCCAGAUGCUUAUGUUACGUCUGCAGCUCCUGGAGAAGCCGCGUAUCAUCUCAACGCAAAGGACCCUGGCACGGUGCACAAGGUGCUCGAGGUGAUGGAGGUAGGACGUGAGGCCGGGAAGCUGAGCUCUUACUCAGUGCUCAGCACGUCCAUAGAGGAUAUCUUCCUGGGGCUCAUGCAUGCCAACAACGACGGAAAGCCAGAGACGUCGGACCGUUCGUCGUCGGUUUCGCCCUCGCCAGUUCUGGGAGAGAACGACAAGGUCGAGAAGACGACGGGGUCAGCUUUGCUGCCCGUGCUCUCGCACGGGUCCGCUCCUGUGCUGGAGCUGACUACUGGCAGGAAGAGAAUGCCUCUUAGUCAGGCCCUCACUAUCUUCCAUAAGCGCGUUAUGAUCGCCCGUCGAAGCUGGCUAACACCUUUCCUCGCGGUCUUGGUCGCCAUCGGAGGCUCCUGCGUCCCACUGUUCUUCAUCGCUGGUCGGGCGCCUCCGAGCUGUGUACAGACAUACCAUAAUGCCAUCCCCAUCCCGUUAUAUGCACCGGAGUCUCCCAUCAUCCUGGCGGUCACCUCCCGGUUGCUAUCGUCGCUUGGCUCUGCGAUGCAGUUGGUGCCCGUCCAGAACAUUACCGAUAACUCAACGUUUGUCAACACCAUCAACCAGAACUACCAGAAUCUCUCCUUGGGUGGCGUGUCUAUGGACCUCGACUCCGGCUCGACGCUCAUCGCAUGGGAAGCAACGCCUCCGGGCUAUACUGGCCUCGUGAUGCUCAAUCUGGCCUCGAAUCUGGUGUACAACCAUGCGCUCAACAGCUCGGGAGCGGGUCUUGGCGUUCCGAGGGUGAUCGCGACGAACUUCGAGAAUCUGGUUGGCUUCGAUGCGGGGACGUUGGUGGCUCUGAAGUGGCUUGCGUUUUACGGCGCUGCGAUGUCUGUGUUCCCUGCGUUCUUCUCGCUCUACGUAUCGAAGGAGCGGCGGUCGGCAGUUCAGGCCAUGCAACUCUCGAACGGAUUGUCCAACCCAGUCGGUCUCUGCGUCAUCAUCAUCGUUUUCGCCACCGCGUCUAAUCAAUUCGCCGGUCUUGGGUUCUUCUGGAUUGUCCUUGUGCUCUACGGCAUUGUUGGGGCGUUGUUCUCGUACUGUGUUUCUUUGGCAGUCACGUCGCCCCUGGCUGCUUUUGCCGCUUCGGCAGGCUACCAAGUGAUCAUGUUCAUUCUCUACUUCGCAGCGUUCCUUCUGACACUCACCUACGCGAAGACGUCAGCGGAUGACCAUGAUUUGACACUUAUUCACUUCACGAUGGCCAUCGCGUCACCCGUUGCAAAUGCCCUUCAAGCAGCAUUCGUAUCUGUCAAUCUGUUUUCCCUCCUGUGCGACAACGACCAGCCUGCCACUACGGCUUCCAUGGGGAUGAUGUCACGAUACGGCGGACCAAUCGUCUACUUGAUCGUCUACGCAUUCGUGCUCUUCGGAAUACUAGUGUGGGUUGACUCUGGCUCGGUCCUGCCGCGGCGCUUCAGUUCCCCAAAGAAGGGACCACGUACCUUGCAUCCAGACGCAUCAGCUGCGAGCGCUGCUGGGCGCAAAGACGUGGACGAUGAAGCAACAACGCGUGGUCAAGGCUUCGGCUCGAGUGACAACAGGGUCGUGGACAAUGUGAGCUUCGGUGUAUCCCAGGACACAGUGUUCGCCCUCCUCGGCCCAAAUGGCGCCGGGAAGACAACGACGUUCAACAUGAUCCGUGGCGACGUCAUUCCGGACGAGGGCGAUGUUCUCAUCAACGGUGUGUCCGUGGUCAGCCACCCGCGCUCCGCCCGCCUAUCGCUCGGAGUCUGUCCGCAGUUCACUGCCAUCGACACCGAGCUCACCGUGGAGGAGCACCUCAUCGUGUACGGCCGCCUGAAGGGGCUGUACCGUGGUGAGGAGCUCAAUCGGAACGUCCAAGCGCUCAUGCGCGCGACGUCGUUGGAUAUUAUGCUGACCGCCUGGCGGUCCGACUCUCUGGCGGAAUCAACGGAAGUUGGCGUUGGCCAUCGCGCUCAUCGUGACUCUGCCGCGUUUGUCUCAGGGAAUCCCUCUGUCGUGCUCAUUGAUGAGUUCUCCACGGGUAUUGACGCGAAGAUGAAGCGGGAGAUGUGGGGCACGCUCAGGACGGUGGCGGUGGGCAAGGCUAUUGUCAUCACGACGCACUCCAUGGAGGAAGCGUCUGCGCUAGCCAAUAAAGUGGGCAUACUGGCUAAGAAACUGCUAGCUGUUGGCACGACGGACGCGCUCGCAGAACGGUAUGCCACGUAUGAGGUACAUUUCUCUUGCCGCACGCGCGAGGAGGUUGUCCGCGCGCAGGAGCUCAUGACUCAGAUACCCGGAGCGCGCAUGGCAGACGAUGUCGCAACGCGCUUCGAGGUGCCGUUGGGGACGGAUAUGUCCCUCGCACGGCUGUUCGGAUUGCUCUCGUCACAGAGGACUUCGCCGAGUUCACUGUCGACAGAGCAGGACUCGAAAGCAUAUUCUUGA